AUGCUACCCAACAAUUUGCCCAACAGGUUGCUAAACAAGUCGCUCAAAACAUUACCCAACAAUUCGUCCAACAACUUAUCCAACAAGUUGCCAAAUAAUUUGCCCAACAAAUUGCCAAAGAAGUUGCCCAACAAAUUACCCAACAAUUUGCCCAACAAAUUACCCAACAAUUUGCCCAACAAAUUACCCAACAAGUUGCCCAACAAAUUACCCAACAAGUUGCCCAACAAAUUACACAACAAAUUGCCUAACAAAUUACCCAACAAGUUGCUAAACAUGUCGACAAAACAAGAAGCCCAACAAACUACCCAACAAUUUGCCCAACAAGCUGCCCAAUGGUUUAAGAGAAUGACAAAGAUGUGGACAGAACUGAAAACCUCUCCUCUAGCGAAAAUGUCAUAA